AUGAGCAAAAAGAAUCAAAAGAAGAAAAAAUCCAAAGGGAGAAAAAGAGAAAAUAAUUCCUCAUCUAAUACAUGUGCCAAACAUGACGAUGGGUUGAAUGAGGAGGAGGAAGCAGAUCGAGGAGGGGGACUCAACAUAAGCGGACCGAAUGAGGAUAACUCAGCCCCUCUAAAUGGUCCAGUUAGUGACACUGUGAAGGGGGAAAAAGAAAGGGGUAACAGUGCUCCUACUGGAGAAACUGUGGAGAAGGGCAGAAGCCCUACCAGAGCAGAUGAAGCAGAUAGGGAGGAAGACAAAAAGGGGAACAACCCCGAUGGGGUGACCGAAAUGGCCAUAGACAAAAGGAAAGGAACAAAGCGAAGGAAAAAUAAAAGCGUGCCCCCAGCGAAUAUUCCCAACGAAGGAGCAAGCGAAAGUGGCAAAUUCAAGUCUGUUAAAGAAGAUGUAGACGAUUUUCCUAUACCCAGUAAUGACCAAGACGCGGAAGAACAAACGAGCAGCCUCUUUCCAAACAUCGACGUCGAUGCGAUGUAUUAUUUGGUUGAACAAAACGGAGAUGAUCAAAAUGAAUUUUUAAGGGAGCUAAACAAAGAAAUAGAAAAAUUUAAAAAAAAAUUUAACGAUGAUAACGUGCGGUCAAGUGUGCGCAGAGACAGGCACAGCUUUAGUAGUAACUACUCUAUCAAGAAAGAGGGCGAAAAGAGGGGAUCGCAGAAGCUGAUAAUGACAGGUGCAGAGGCAAAUGGUGCGAAUAAAAACACUGGCAAAUGCAAUGUUCACCUCAGAUGUGCCCCUUCCGAAAAAGAAAAAUACAACUUCUACGAUAUGCUAAUGAAGGGACACCUGUUUUUAAGACUAAAAAGAAAAAUUAAAAAAAAAAAAAAAAAAAAAAUUAAAAUAAGAACUAAGCAUUACCAAGUGGUGAGCGACGUGUGUGGCAUGAUAACUGAAGGAGGAUCCAUAUCGAGGACAAAGAGGAAGUACUACAUAUUCAAUUACAACUGCGGGAACACCAAAAUUCAGUCCAUCACGGGCUACAUCCGCUGCUUCAAGGGUUACUGUCUUUACAGACAACACAGCAGUAACUCUGGAACUGCUAGCGGCACGAACAGCAACCACCACGACAGUCACCACAGCAGCCACCACGGCAGCCACGAUAGUUACAAUUUGAAGAGGAAGCUAAGCCAGGAACGUUACACCCCAGGCGAAGUGGCCAUUUCCGUUCUGCUCUGCGUUAACGUGUCCAACUGUUUAUCCCCCUCGGAGUUCCUUGAGCUCCUACACCCCUUUGACAAUUUCAUAUUUUUUUUAAAAGUUUUAAACAAAAAAAACAAUGAAGAGUAUAUGAUCUACUUCCUAACGUUCGAUGUGUAUGCAAAGAGAAUUAUGAAAAAGGCGAAGAGGAUUAGUUUUUUUAACAUGAAAAAAAAGAAAAGAUUAAAAGUUUACAUCGUGAAGGACAUCACCAUGAAUGCCACGUCCAGGGUGAAGAAGAACACGCAACGGAUGGUACGGGUGAAAACGUUUUACGAGGAGGAUGCUAACGCGAAUAUUAACGCGAAGGCGAACCAUAACGGUGAGAAUAGCAUGCAACACACACAUGAAAACAUGCAACCGUCGUGCAGAAGCAGAUUCAUCAACCCUCUAUAUCUCAUUUCGCAAAACAAAUUACAGCUCUCCUGUGCAGUCUGCCUGGAGCCGCUGUACUCGGACAGCCUCAGUAAGGUAAUAUCGCACAUUUUUAAUUUAAACUUUGGAACGCAAAAAAGGAGGGAACCCAAGGGAAAGGACCCAUCCCCACCGAACCAGGACAGUGACAACGGCGAUGGGAAUGGCGCUGAAUACUCUGUUCUUCCCGCCGCUAACACGGGCGCUGCAAUUUUUGGAGAAACAUAUUACGGUCAAAAUGAGCCAAGCGAAAAAAUAAGUAGGAGCAAUAGCAAUAACAGUAGCAGUUCACGCAGCAGUACUCGCAGGAACGGGCGCCCGUAUGAAACAAAAGCGUUGGGCAAGCAAACGAAGGAACGACAGUAUUAUUGCGUUAAGACGUUGAGUAGUUACGCCAAUGAUUACCGGAAAAGCUACUACCUAUCUGUUAUCUCCUUUAUCCAUAAUGUGCAAAAAAAGUACAACAAUCAAGUGAAGAAAAAAAAAAAAAGUGAAAGCAAAACAAUUUUUAAUAACGUCUGCAUUAAUAUCCUAUGUGGUCACAUAUUCCAUUCGAGCUGUCUUAAAAAAUGUUGUUUCACGUCUUGUCCCAUUUGCCGAUAUAAACAGUACAAUUAUCAGAUAGCCAAUUGCGAUGUAUGUGAGAAAAACCAGAAUGCAAAAAUUUGUUUAUUUUGUGGCUUCAUUGGAUGUUCUGUGAAUUAUGAUCGCUUGAGCAGACUGAAGGAGCUAAAGAUAAAGGAAAAAAAAAAACUCCUCAGAAGAAAAAAAAAAUUGAGUGCAUAUAUUAAGUACACCUUCUUCCGAAUCGUAAAUUUUUUUAUAAACAAGGGAAACUGCAACUACAUUGUUGUGCCUGUCUUUGUAUCUGCAAGUGGAGAUCGUCAUUGUCAUUGUGGCGAGCCGUCAGGGGUGGAAAGCAAAAAAACUAAUAUUAGUGAACCUACAUGUAGUGCCAUUUUUGAAAGGGAGGAAAAUGCGAAAAAGUGCACCGCAGAGGGGGGAGUAUCCAACCAUUUGACAGUACCCAUCGGAGGAAUACCAGGUGAAGGAGAAAAUGUAAACAAAAUUAAUGACCCUGUCCCUAGCUCAACAGAAAAAGAUGGAAUCCACCCCCAUUUGCAAAUGCGUAGUGCAAGCGGUGAGGAUGCUAAUUCUGAGGUGCACAUGUGUGUAGAAAAUAAAAAUGUCAUCGAAAGGUUAGACUUCUCUAUUGCGUACCCUACAUGUGGGAUGAAUAGGGGGUACUUUUCGAGGCAUGGCUUGGUCAGUUUCUUUUUCAGAUAUAGAAAAAUGAUACGGAUGGACAGUAAGAAGGGAAAAGGUACCAAACAACGGUGGAGGCAUAAAAAAGGUGAAAACAAUCAGGUAAACGCCAGGCAUGGAAGGAAUCGCCAAAAGGAGAGCACAAGUGGAGUAAGAAGGAGACGUGCGACGUAUAAACAAAGCGGCCGAGCCGGGCGCGAGGGGGGCUCCUUCAACAUGUACGACUUCUUCAGUAAAGACAUGAACACAAAUAAGGAUUCCCUUAAGAAAAGGAAAAAGAAAAAACUCAUCGACCACGCAAAGGAGCAUUUUUGCGAAACGAUGCACAACUACUUCUUCGACAUUUCCAAAAAUUCAGUGUUCGAUUACAGCAGUAACUUGUAUAUAAAAAAAUUAAUAAAUUUAAAAAGUGGAAAAAAAAAUUUGAAAAAAAUUUACGCAGCAAAUAUAAAUAUCAAUGGGAAGGAAGAAAUUAUAGACAAAAAAAAUAUCAUCAUGUAUAUUUACGAAUUUAAUCAACUGUUAAGUGCUUUGUUGGAAAGUCAGAGAGACCAUUUCAUGUCCUGUAUUUAUGACUUGAAGUUGAAUUAUGAAAAUGCGAACAAGAACAACUCCAGGGAAGCGAGCAAAUGUUUGAAGGAGUUAAAAAGGGCACAAGAAAGAAACAAACAGUUGAAAGACCAAGUUAAAAAAAAAAUUAGCAUUCUUCAGGGGAAGGACAAAACAAAUGCAGAACUGCUACAACAGCUCAGGAACGUCGAAAUUAUAAAUGCAAAAUUGUGCGCAGAUCAGAAGAAAGAAAUUCAUAACAAGGAAGCUAUGGCCGAGGAGAAGAAAAAAAUAAUACGCGAGAAGCAGCAAAUUAUACGCGAGCUAAACCAGCAGAUCACCGAUUUAUCCUUCCAUAAACAAGUAACGGAGAAAUUUUCUCAAACUUCUGGAAUGACGAAUUCGUCGUUCAUUAUAGGGGAGAAAAUGACUCCGAAGAGCAGAUUCAAGAAGCGGUAA